UCGACAGUCCCGUUGUUUUGUUGUUAUUUUUCCGGUGUAAAGUGACAUCAUCGGGGUUUUUUUUAUUGAAUAUUAUAUGAACAUAGGACGUAUACAGUAGCAUUCGUAAUUAAAAUUUGCCACCGUUUCCCGAGGGAACAGAAAUAUCAUUUCUUAACGUUGUUUAUGAAACAGUUUGAACCGGCGUUUAAUAGAAAUCAAUCAACAAGGGGAAUUCACUCCUGCCAUUUGACCUGUUGUUGAGCACAGUGCGCGAGACGUACCAGUUGACUGACGUUGUAUCGCGAGGUUUCAGACAAGCAGUCAAUCACCUAAACUACGCGGUCGUCGGAAUUUGUUUCAAUAAAAAUGGCUAAAGUUGAAAAAGAAUCAAUUACAGAAGCCUACAAUGAGGUACGGGACGAUUCCUCAGAGACAAGUUGGGCUAUAUUAAAAUAUGAUGGAACAUCCAUUGUAUUAGAAGGUACAGGCAGUGAUUAUGAACAAUUUAAAGCAAGUUUUAAUGAUGAAGAUCGUAAAUAUGGUUUUGUUAGAAUGAUGAGUGGUGAUGAAUUAAGUAAACGAGCCAAGUUUGUGUUUAUUACAUGGUGUGGUAAGGAUGUCAGCCCCUUGAAGAAAGCCAGAAUGAGUGUAGAUAAAUCAGCCGUUAAAGAUGUCAUAAAUAGUUUUGCAGUAGAAUUGUUAGCAUCGGAACCCGAAGAUAUAGACGAAGAUAGUAUAAGAACAUUGGUGAAGAAUGCAGGAGGAGCGAAUUAUGGAACGGGAAAUUAGAUAGUUUUUAUUUUUUAUACUUUAAAUAUAUUCAUCCACUGGUAGUUCACUUUCUCCACUUUCGUAGAAAAAAAAAAAUAUCUUGCCCCAUAUUUGAUUGGUCAUGGCUAAUCACAUGACCUCUGUAUUGUUCUUUCAUUGGUGGAAAUAAAUGAAUGAUGAAGGGACUGGUGUAAAUAUCCAACCACAUACACAAGGGUUCCGCUAUAAUCUGCUGAAGGAUUACUGCAUUAUAGCGAAAUCCUUAUAUUGUUAUCACGUCUGAUGGACAUUGACCUUCUAUUUUAUAUCUUAAAAUCAUUCCAUAACAAUCAUUGUUUUAUUAUGGCAUCAAGCACCUGAAUCUUGAUCAAGAAGAUUUUUUCGUGGAGUGCCUUAUAUAGCUGAAAAUUGCUCUCCAUAAUUUCCAUGAAAAUAGUGUCUAAAGUUACUAUGCAAUUGUCCAAAUAUGCUAAGAUUCAGGCUAUAUAAUAUAGACUAAAUGUUUUACUCAAAAUACCCCUGUCUUAUGAAUGAAAGGAGUCCCUCUUAUUCUUUAUCAAACACCUCGCCUUGUUCAAACUUGGAGAGCCUUUUUGCACGAGUCUGAUUUUUCCUCUCGCCAGCUAAAUAAACGAAAACAAUGUCUGCCAUAAAUAUCUUUAUCUUAUUAAUGAAAGUUCAUUCCAUAAAUAUAUAUAUUGUAUAGAACAUAAUAUUAUUUAAGAAUUAAAUUUUGCCAAAGAUUGUAUUAAGACUUUAUCAAAGGGGCUGAUCCGAUGUAAACGUGAAACAUCCUCAAGGUGUUUUGCACAAGACUCGGAUUACAGAACAAUUUUUGUGAGUUUUUUUUAACAGCAGAUUUGACAGAAGUUUUGUUCACAUCAAUUUUUUUGGGUGUUCAAUUUCUAUGGUAAAUUUUAAGUGAUUUUAAACUAAAGAUAUCGGUCCAAAUUCAUGUAGGGCAACCUAAAUGUCCCAACAAACCCCUAUAUGAUAAAGUCUUCAGUCAGGUAUUAAAAGGGCUAAAAUAUCAAAUUGUAUAUUACUUAAAAAUAUCAAAUUGUACAUUAAUGAAAAAUAUCAAAUUCUGUAUUACUUAAAAAAAAUCAAAUUGUAUAUUCCUAAUAUUAUGUAAAAAAAAAUUAUUCUUUAAUUUUUAUGUUGUUAGUGAAUAAGACUAAAUGAUGACAUAUUGAAAUCAGUUGUCACUCGGCAAACCUCUUCAAUUCCGGUACCUUACAUUUAGCCUCGCCUGUUUGAGGGUAAGUGAUAUGUACCUACGCCUAUACAAUUGCGAUGCGGCACUAGUGUCUAAAGAAAAUCGGAUAAACUUGAGAGAAAAACAGCUUCAGAUGUAGGGUACUGGAAUCUGCUGAGGUUUGCCGAGUGAUCAGUUGUAUGAUGAAUACUAUGAUGAGACUGGUUGAUUCAAUCAGCUCAAUUUGAUAUUAUUUAUUAUUGUACUUUAUAUCCUUGAGAUAAAAACUUGUGAAACAUGUUAGUACCCACAACCUAUAUUAGUUAAAGAUGCAUUAUGUAACAGCUAAAUCUGCCCUUUUACACAUUUUCAUUUUGGCUUAUCACUAACUAUUAUUUAUACAUUUAUUCAUAUGACAAGCCUAAAAUCAACUCUCUAGGCUAGUGGAUUAGAAUACCCACAAGAAUUUAAAGUUCAAAUUGAUAAUCGAGACAUGGGCUGGAAUUUCAAGUACCAUUCCUACGAUCAGAUGAAGUAAUAGGAAUGAAUUUUUCAAUAUAUUCAAUUUUUAUUGUCUAUGUUUAAAGUAAUCUAGAAAGAAUGGUCAGCAAUGUAUCUAAAUCGUAUCUAAAUCUUACAUAAUGCAUCUUUAAAUAUUAUCUGGAAGUGACUUUCUACUAGUCGAAAAAUCAGACUUUAUAUAUUAAAUGUUAUGAAAUACUCUGUUAGAGUCUCUAACAUCCAGUAAUUUUAUAGUCUUGGAGUCUCUAACAUCCAGUAAUAUAGUUUUGUCCUGUUAUAGUUUGAAUUUUGUGGUAUUUAUUUUGAUCUACUGUAAGAUAGAAUGUACUAUUUUAUUGGUUACUUACAUCAUGUUGUUAUCCACUACCUGGUUAUCUACGCAAUCAUGUUGAUCAAUUUAAACAUCUGCUGUCGGUGACAUUAUCAAUCAAACAAAUAACUAUAUUAUAAAAUACGGAAAAGCGGUCAUGGCUUAUCGACACACAAAAUACAUACGCACACCUGGGCAUCUUGUGCGCACUUAAAUUAUAAUGUGUGUUCAUAUAAAACAACGAAUUUAUAGUUAAAAGUGCCAGGGGACAAUAGACAGGUUUUCUUACACCGGUUUUAAUUUAUAAUUGUUGGAUAGAAAGAAAAUCAUCUUAAAGUUGCUGAAUUUUGUUUGAUGUAUUUUAAAAACCUUGUAUACUACAAGAUUAUGAACGGUGAAUCACUAAUAGGAAUAUUAGUUCAUUAAUGGUUUGAUUCAAUUCAAUAUUUACCAAAAUUUGAUAAAUUAUAAAUUUCCCAAUUAUAGGCAUCUGCUUCAAAUAUAUAGCCGACAUACAACUCGGGAAAACAAACUUUUUCUAGUCGAGAUUCUGAGGAUGACAUCAUGAACUUCUCAUAAAAAUUUAACCUUAAAAUCUAUUAAUGGGCCUAUUUUUAAUUCGAUUGAAGUUAAACCGAGGAAUUAUCUGCUGUUGAUAUUUUUUGAUUCUGUUAAUUAAAUUAUCGAUUUCAGUCCAUUUCAGCGUGGAUUAAGCAAUGAAAUAUUAAAUAUUGUUUUUAAAAUACCAAUAAUGAACAGCAGCUUUAAGAUACAAGAAUAACUGACUAUUGCCUUCUGGUUCUUUUAAACAAUUAACUAAGACCAGAAUUAAAAUCAUGUUAUAUAGGAAUGAUAUGUUCCACUUACAGUAAUAAACUCUAUGUUUAAUGUU